UUUCUGACACCAUUUUACCGAAAUUUUAGAUAACUUUAUGUCAGCAUAAUAUGAUGACGUAAUUCACAACAACAAACUGUAAAGGAAGCAGAAAACUGAAAACAAGUUUUAUUACAAAAUAUCAAGAAGGCAGAGUUAUUCAAGUAAUUCAAGAUGCCUCUUGAAUUUUUAUUCGGGAAGAAAAAGACGCCGGAGGAGAUGUUGCGUCAGAAUCAGAGGGCAUUGAACAAGGCUAUGCGAGAUCUUGACAGAGAGAGGGCAAAGAUGGAACAACAAGAGAAGAAAGUGAUCAAUGAUAUAAAGAAAAUGGCAAAACAAGGACAAAUGGACGCUGUUAAGAUUAUGGCGAAAGAUUUGGUGAGAACCAGAAGAUAUGUGAAGAAAUUUAUAUUAAUGAGGGCAAAUAUCCAGGCAGUGUCAUUGAAGAUCCAGACUCUUAGAUCUAAUAACGCCAUGGCACAGGCAAUGAAAGGGGUAACCAGAGCAAUGUCAACUAUGAACCGACAGUUGAAGUUACCUCAGAUUCAGAAGAUAAUGAUGGAGUUUGAGAAGCAGUCUGAGAUAAUGGAUAUGAAGGAAGAGAUGAUGAAUGAUGCUAUAGAUGAUGCAAUGGGGGAUGAAGAUGAUGAAGAGGAAUCAGACGCUAUUGUUGGUCAAGUACUUGAUGAGUUAGGACUUCAAAUGGCAGAUGAAUUAACAGGUUUACCUUCCACCGGAACAAGUUUAAAAGCUGGUGGGAGCAAACAGCCAACAGCAGAGGCAGCUGGAGCAACCGGCGGUGGUGGUCCGGACUCUGAUGCUGAUCUGGAAGCUAGGCUCGAAAAUCUGCGACGUCAAUGAUCAUCUGUGAUAUAACAUACAUUAUCAAACAUUGUAGCAUGUGUAAUAUAACAUCCACAUUGUAAAACUGGUAGAGUUUUCAAAUUGCCAGAAUUGAUAAGAUUGUGUAGUUUGCUUUAAAGUUCCUUAUAUUUAAUGCUUUUAAAAAAAAGAACAAUAGAUGAAUCAACUGUCAAAAUAGAGAAUAUACAUAACUACAUGGGUAGAAAAGUAUUACUUUUAAUGUUGCACAUAAAUUUUCACAUGCCCAUAAAGGGAGGUAAUCCAAAACAGCGGAUUCAGUGAUUCUUUGAUGUUAAUUAAAUGUUCAAACCUUGCACAAAUAUCUGAGGCAAUAAUUACUGAAUAUAGAAAAUGAAAAAUUAGUAUUUCUUUAUAUUUGUAGCUGACAAUGUAGCAGACAAAAUUAUGAACCUUCAGAGAACUGAUAUUUCUGGUUAAACUACAUGUACUUGUUUGAACUUGACAGUUGUGGUUUGUUGUAUAACACAGUAGAGCUGCUACAAACAUGAGCAUCAUGGUAGCAUUUAUAUAAUUACAUCAUUUUUUAAGUUGUUUUUUUUUUAACUCAUAUUUGUGUAAAUUUUCAUUAUAUAGAUAUUACCUGUUCUUAAAAUCUUGUGGACUGGAUGUGUUCUUGCAUGUUGUUAACAAUAAGAUGCUAUCUUGGUGAAAGUUUAAUGUUCAAGAUAUGCUGACUAUCUUCAACAUGUCAAAAGGAUUUUCUCUCUGACUGGACUGAUUUUAAGCCUAUUUUUGAAUUUCUUCAGAAAGUAUAGCAUUUGGAUUGCAAAGUUAUAAACUUGUGUAAGCAAAUGCUGCCAGAAAUACAGAGUUCAUUUCUGUUUUCAUUACCUCAAAUGAGCACACAAAAUGCUCAAGGUUGUGAUCAUCCUUCUCUGUGACUGUCCUUGGUGGUCUGUCAACUCAUUAGAGAUCCCAUUUUCUCAGCAAUCCUCAUAGUUAAGUUUGAAAAAGCUCUUGAAAUAGAUUAAAACAAAACAUUGUUAACUUAAGAUAGAUAUAACUUUCAGUCUGUGUUGGCAUCUGCAUCUGUGUCAGAAAAGUUUUGCAUGUAAGCAGGCUUAUCUAAAACUACUUGGCCUAAUGCUUUCAAACUUCACACAUAUAUUGGGCAACAUGAGAUGACCUCACAGGACAAGUUACACAAAUCUAGCUGUUAUUUUGUCAAAACUAUACCUCUUUGAAUCUCGGGUUAAUUUUUUCACAUGUAAGCAGGUUUCUUAAGACCUAUGAGAAAAAAUAUUUCAAACAUCACACAUGACUCUGCAUCAUGGGAUGACCUCAUGUGGCAACUUAUAUAGCUCUAGCUUUAAUUUUGUCAAAAUUAUGCCUCUCAUUUAGAAACGACAGUUCUGUAUGUAAGCAUGUUUCUCAGAAAUGACUUGACCAAGUAUUUUCAGAUUCUCCACACGUCUUUGGCAUCAUGGGAUGACCUCACAUUUGCAGGUUUCAUAUCAUGGCUUAUAUUUUGGCAAAAUUUUGCCUCUUUUUCAAUGUCAGAAAUAUUCUUAAAGCUUUUGUAUUUAAACUGCUAUUAGGUGGAAGGGGCUUCAAACAGGCAAGUGUAAUGCCAGUAGCUGAUACACUGAUUGUGGGUAAGAUUGCUGCAAUAACACCAGUGUUGGGUCCAUCAUAAUUUAAAUUGCCAUAAUGUUAUAUGUUAGAGGCCACAUUACAGAAGAAAUCUUCAUUAAAUGUAAAAAGAAUGUGUUCGAUUUGGAAAAAGUUAGAUAAUGGACAAGAUUGUUCCAGUAACACUGGAGUGGUGGUACCUUGAUUUAGUCGAAAUUGCUUUGUUACAUUAUAACACAACAGAGGCCACAUUACUAGAGCAGUUCUCAUGGUACUCAUACAGUUGGAUAUAACCUGAAGAUCACAUACAAGUUAAGGAGAAGGCUGCUCAAAUCAUGCUAGAAUAGCUUAGAUUGCUGUAUUUUCACUUUGUUACAUGUAUACAUGUUUUGUUACAUGUUAAAAAAGCCCAGAUUGACUAAUUAGGUGAGCAGUAUAUGGCCACAAUGGUCCUCUUGUUUCUAACAAAUGUCACUCUUUCAGUGAUAGAUUUUUUUUGUACGUUGAAAUACUUGUAUGAAAACUUAAAUCCCUGUGUCAGAAAACCAUCUUUGUCAAUAUUGUCGUUCAUUUAUUUUUUUGAUAUAUUCUGUACAUUGAUUUAAUGCUGUUAAUUUUCUUUCUCACUGUCAAUAACUGUUCAUUAAUCUUUACUGACUGAAAUGACCAAAAACCACCAAAUAUUUUCCACUAGUAUACUUUAUUUGUUUUUAUAGAUGUGCCAAUGGAAGUUGGGCAAUGUUCCUGAAAGCAGUUUUCCAUGCAUUAGUUUAGGGAAAUAGCGUAAGGUUAAAUAUUGCUGUUUUUUUUUUUUAACAACUAGGACUUCAAGAAUAGUUUGUGUGUUGUAAAAACAAUCUGUCAGGUAGAAGAUACAUUAUCAUUAUUCCUUAUGACAAUUACAAGCAUAACAAAACAUUUGGUCAUAUUUUAUUUUUAGUUACUUUCUUACGUUUUUCAUGAGCUUGUAGUUCUGUAAUGGUGAUGUGUGGGAGAAUUUGUACGUAAUUGUAAUUGAAUGAUUUUUCUUUCAUAUAUAGAUAUUAGAAUCUAUGUGCAAUGCUGGACAAUGCAGUUUGUAUAUAGAAUAUUAUGAGUGUAUGAGUAGUAUAUAUCAUAGUGGUUGUCAUUUCUUGCUUCAACAAUACAAGGACAUUUUACAGAUUUUUUGGUAGUUUUUCAACUUUUAAAAAAGGCUUUAUGUUUGGUAUACCGGUUUGAGAUAUUUUGUUCUCACAGUAGUGGUCUAUACUAGGGAGACAUUUGAUGGAAUCAGACUAAAUGUAAAACUAACAUCUGAAUAAAAAAUACUGUUAAUGUAUGAGUGUUAUUGGUGCUUUUUAGAUAUCAUUAUAUAGUGAGAAAUGAUUUUUAUCAUACAGUGUAGUUUUUGUUCAAGUGAUUGUAAAUUAUUUGAUUUGAUAUUUAAGAAGUUUGUAAAUAAACAGUGUAAGAUAUGAACAAAUAAAAAAUGUAAUAUCUUGA